AGCCAGAGUAUGUGCUUAACAAGAUCUUAGGUGGUAUGAUGAUAUAUUGAUGAUCGUGGCGAUGGUGUUUCUGCCGUGGCGUCGUGCUGGUUGCUACAGGAUUGAAUGUGCGGGCCAAUUAGGAGUUGCCAGGUCUCGCUUAAUUGACCUAGCAACUACUAAUUGGCUGCACGACAGGUCCCUGCUCAAUUGCGCAGAUCUAACCUCUUGCUGCUUGCUCUUAUCUAACACACCCCCUUUAGCUUAGAAACUCUUUAAGCUAACUAUUUAUGCGCGUGUAAGGUUCUUAAUUUGUUCUUAAAUCCUGUCUAGAGGCACGCUGUUUAGCACUUCUGUUAACUCCCUGUUUACUAGACUAAGUUGCUAGAGGAAACCUUCCUACUUGUUUACUAGGAGUACCUUUGUGAGUCUGUCUGCUAUUAUGCUUGCAGACUAGACGUGUUCUAUAAUAAUCUUUCUAGCGGCC